AGGGCGCCAAACUCAACGCGCCAGAAGGCGUCGGAGAGCCUAUUCAGCCAGUUGGUGCCUGUGCAGGUGAAAUGCCAGGGCUGCGAGGAGAGGCGAAUAAAUGUCCGAGUGAGCGUUGAAUUACAAUCAACGACAAAUCCCAUUCAUAGAAAGGAUUUAGUUGUUCGGCUAACUGAAGAUUCAGAUCCCUUUUUCCUAUAUAAUCUUGUUAUUUCUGAGGAAGAUUUUCAAAGUUUAAAACUCCAGCAAAGUCUUCUGGUAGAUUUUUCUGCUUUUCCUCAGAGAUUUAUAGAUCUUCUUCAGCACUGUAUCCAAGAACAAGAUAAAGAAAUCCCAAGGUUUUUGCUACAGCUGGUUUCUUCAGGAUCUAGUUUAGAUCACACACCUUCAUUUCUAAAUGUGGUUGAGACAAACCCAUUUAAACAUCUUACCCAUUUAUCACUAAAAUUCUUACCAGGAAAUGAUGCUGAAAUCAAGAAAUUUUUGGCAUCCUGCCUCAAAUGUGCUAAGGACGAAAAGUUAUUGCUAGAACAAAAACUUAGCAGAACAGAGGAGGACCUUACAAGACAGCUGAAUUAUACUCAGCAGAGCUUGUCAGAAAAGAGCAGGGAACUAGACAACUUAAGAAGUGAAUGGGCCUCCAAGAUAGCAUCAUUGAACAGCAAGCAUACUCAGGAAUUGUCAAAUGAGAAGGAGAAAACUCUACAGGCACAAGCACACUAUCAGCAACAGAAUGAACAACAGAAAAGAGACCUGGAAAACUUGCAUCAGAAAACUGUCCAGCAACUGCAGACCAGGCUGAAAGAGUUGGAACUUGCUAACAAAGACUUAAUGGAAAGGAGAUACAAAGGCGAUUCCACCGUCAGGGAACUUAAAGCAAAAUUGUCUGGCAUAGAAGAUGAAUGCCAGAGAACAAAGCAAGAAGUUCUGUCCCUACGUCGGGAGAAUGCUACCUUAGAUGCUGAAUGCCAUGAAAAGGAGAAGCAAGUUAAUCAACUGCAGAUGCGCGUUGCUGUUUUAGAGCAAGAGAUCAAAGACAAGGACCAGCUUGUUGCUAGGACAAAAGAAGUAUUGGCAGCAACACAAGAACAAAAGGCGAACCUGGAAGAAAAUACAGAAAAGAAACAACUUCAGAUAGGAAAGCUAGAAACCUCACUGAAAGCUCUAUCAACUGAGUUCCUUAAGGCCAAUGAGAUCAUAAAGAAACUGCAAGGAGAUGUAAAAACUUUAAUGAGUAAGUUGAAAUUGAAAAACACAGUAACAAUUCAGCAAGAAAAACUCUUGGCUGAAAAGGAAGGAAAACUGCAGAAAGAGCAGAAGGAAUUCCAGGAACUGGAAAGUUCUCUUCGAGAAAAAGAACAAGAGGUAUGCAAAUUGCAGGAACAAUUAGAAGCCACAGUACAAAAGCUGGAAGAAAGCAAACAUCUUCUCAAAACAAAUGAAAAUGUCAUCACAUGGCUAAAUAAACAAUUGAAUGAAAUUCAGAUGACAAGGAAGCAAGAAAUACUAGGAACAUCUACUUCUAGCAACACUGCUUCAAGAACUGGUAGCUCUCCUCAUAGUAUGGCUGAUAGUAGGAUUCCAUCUUUAAGUUCAGGGCUGAACUAUCCCAUCUCCCCCUUGCUGGCUUUCCAAAGCUUCCCGGAAGCAGCUGCAGUCAAAAAUGCCAACCAACAAGCACCAGGAACAAAGGUUCACUUCAAUGUGCAGCUCUCAGAAACCAACAGAUGUUCAGAUACCCAGCCAGGGAUUCCUGGGUUGAUAAGUCAUUCAACAAAUAAAGAAAAUGGUGAAAACGUGGGACUGGAAGCAAAGUAUUUAAAGAAAAGGGAAGAUAGCAUUCCUUUAAGAGGGCUCAGUCAAAACACAGCUCACAACACAGCAGGAUAUAUGAAGUCAUCUACACUGAAAAAAGCACAGAUUCCAUGCAAGCCUACAGCACCUUCUAGAACCUCUGCCUACUUUCCUGGAUAGCGCAUUAUAAUUAAAGGUUUACAGCAGUUGUGAUUUUUUAAACGAUUAUCAGUUACGUGCAUUUGUUUCCCUUUUGAAGUAUCAACAUUAAAUUUUUACUGAAUAUCUCUUAGAUUUCUGGGUACUAAAGUGAACUAUUUCUGAGAUGUUUAAGCUAUUAUGUUUUUAUAUAACAUAAAAUAAAAUGGACAUUUUUAUUCAAAUGGAUAGAAAUCUUAAAUCUUGGUUAUUCUCUAAUAGUUUGUCUAUACUUUUGCAUAUGUGAGGUAUUUGCCUUCAAUGUCUAUUAAGGAUGCACUAGCUGAUAAGAAUGGCUUAUUGUUAUUUCUGUGCGAGAAGUUUGUGGAAUGUGGUGCUCAGAAAUGAAGAAAUUGUGGAAGGAUUAUGGGGGAGUUCACCUGACACAAAUAGAGUUGUCUGCAGAAUUGUGGAGCUCAGUUUUUCAGUCUAUGAUUCUGCAGAGAGUUCUGCUCAAAUCCAGUUCAAUGCAAGUAGAUCUGCCUUAUAGUUCUAACUACUUAAUACUGCAAUGUCAGGGAGGGGUAUGGCAGAUGGGAUAGGAUGUAGAGCUCCUGGUUCUCCUAUGUAUUUCAGCCUAAAUAAGGAUAAACUUACAUUUCAUUUCAUACCAUUUUUCAUUUACCAGUUUUCAUUUGAAUAGUGUACACCUUUGUAAAAACUGUGUCUAAGUUGGAAAUCUUUCCAAUUAUUUAUAGAUUUAAAGACUGUGUGAUAACGCUCCUAAAUGGCCAAACUAUGCAUUUUAAGCUUGAAUGUCAAAAUCUGCUAUUUGACCAUUUGGGUCUUUUGGCCAUAAAUAAAAAUUAUUAUUAUUUAGCCAUGUCUGAAGUAAUGAAAUAAUUUUUAAACACAAUAUUGUCUGGUUUCUAACCGUACUGGUAGAAAAAUUUUAACAUAUAAACUGGCUCUGUCAAGUUCUUUUUGUUGCCUUUGGAAUUCAUUUAAACCUAGAUAUGCAAAUUGAUUUUAAUAAUUUUAGUGGAACUAUUAAUAAUGUGAUUUAGGAUUGCAGUAUUAGUGCCCACAAAUCUAUCAUAAACCUUUGUUUCUGGGUUUAGAGUAUUUUAGAACUCCUGUGCUAUUGGUUAACAAUACUGGCAAGUUUUCUCCAGGGUUUAGAAGAUAGUACUUAAAUCAUUGCUGAAUGUUGGUGUAUUUUUGUUAGGCUUUCCCUCCACUGUACAUAUUUUAUUUGUCCUCGAGUAUAGUUUGGUUUGCCAUCUGAGCAGAAUCAAUGCUUUAUUUUAGCAUUUAAUUUUGCAACAUAUGUUUAAAUUGAAAUGUUAUAUCUGGAAACUGGUCUGUUGCAUCAUACUCACAUAAUGAUUAAUAUUCUAAACUGUAAUCUAAUAUCUGAAAGAUUAACAGGAUGUUAUUUUUGCUGCUAUUCAGUAGUAAUGUGCAAACCAUUUUGAAUUUAGAACAGUUGUUUUGAGUUUACUAGAACUGUUUUCAAUGUGAAAUGUUUUGCACACUUAUUCUAUUCAGAUGUUUUUAACUCUAGAUGGUCUGCUCAUAUAGUUGUAAAAUAUUUAGGUUUCCAUGUGCUUGGAAAUUAAGCUUCAGCAUAUUAUAUAAAAUUGGUGUAUAGAUUGUGAGUAACAAUGUCUGUACUGUACAGUACCUUAUAUCUAGACUUCUACUCCCCAGAUUUCUCUUCAUGCUAGGAGUAGAGUGAUGAGGUUCACAUAUUCUUGCUGCUGUUGAGCAUAGGGGUCCCUGUCAAAUUAGAUGGAAGAAUAUCCUAGUGCUGCACGGAAACAUAAAAAUCCCGAGUCUUUCCAGCUGGAGGAGCUAUUCAUUUUGCAGUGUGACAACUGUACCUCUGAGUCAGAUCAGCAAAAAUGUUGGGCAUAGUCCAGCCAAUUUUAAGUUUUAUGAAAUGCAUAGGAAAGAUUUAAGCAUGUUGUAAGAACUUCAUCAUAACUGUGGUGGCUGGAAAAUACCUGAAGUUCCCUUUAAUGGGGUUUUAUUAUAUUCAUGCUUUUUUUCAGAUAGAACUGGUCUAAACAUCUUGUAACUUUGUCAAAUAUACAUUUAGAUAAAUCUAACAUGUAUAGUAAACUAGUUGAUUUAAAGUUUGAACUGAAAUCCCUUCAAUUGCUUGAGGUAAAAAAUUCAAGGUAUUUUAAGGGUUGUUGUGGUUUGUAUUUAGUUAUUUGCUUUUUGGUAUAUACAUAAACUUGUAAUUCUGUAUAUUGUGUGAAAAACAAUUGAAAUCAUUUAACUGUAUUAUUGCACAAUCAUUCUCUGCAGUGUAAAAUGUAUAUAUUUGUCUAUAACCAGAAUGUAGUGUUCAUAUCUAUAUAUAUGUUCAUUUUAA